AUGACCAAUCUCGAUGUCUCCAGUGGCCAUGUCCUCUCGACUUCCCCGGGCACGCCUCAUCUGACUAUCAAUCACGAUAUUGCCGCCGACCUGGACUCUACCAAUGCCUUUGAGGGCCCUGAGAAGCUUCUCGAAGUUUGGUUCUCCCCGAGCGCAAAGUCGCUUCCAGCCGGCGCCAAGGAGAAUGGUCUGAAGGCGGUCUCCCCGACAGUCUGGGAAGGCAUGUUGGAUCUCGUCAACUGCAAGGUCCUAUCCAUCGUCAAGUCGGAGCACGUCGACGCCUACCUUCUCUCCGAGUCCAGCAUGUUUGUCUUCCCGCACAAGAUCAUUCUCAAAACGUGCGGAACUACAACUCUGUUGCUGGGACUCCGCCGCCUCCUGCGCAUUGCCGCCAUCGACGCCGGGUUCCCUUUCCACAAUGCCACUUCGCUGGAGGACGUCCGUGCUGCCGCCACCCCCCAUCGCGUCUUCUACAGCCGCAAGAACUUUCUGUUCCCCGAUAGGCAGCACGGCCCUCACCGGGAUUGGAAGGAGGAGGUCGCUUUUUUGGACGACAUGUUUGAGAACGGAAGCGCCUACAUGGUCGGCAGAAUGAAUAGCGACCACUGGUACCUCUACCUGACGUCUCUCGCAGACACUUUGACGCCUCCGCGGACCCCGAGUUCGAGCAACAACGGCAGCCCCACGCGCACUACAAAGAUUCCGACAGGCAUCACCUUGCCGUUCUCUACGGCCGCCGAGUCCAGCCCUGACGAAACGCUGGAGAUUUUGAUGACGGACCUUGAUCCCGAGCUUUCCAAGCAGUUCUACCUGCCGCAAGCGAGUGCGGUCGCCAGUGCGCAGAUUCUUGCCCAAGCCAAGGAGAAGGGUCCAGUUGGCGAUUCAGACUCGACUUUCGAUGUCUUCAGCAACGGUGGAGAGUCCGAUCUUCCAGGAAGCAGCACGAAUCCCGGACGCUUGGUGGUGGUCGAGGCUCCAACUACUGAGGGCCACGCACUUGGCACCGUUGUUUCAGAUACCUGCGGCCUCUCCGAAGUUUAUCCCGUCUCCAGCUACCCGGAGGCCCGUAUCGAUGCCUACUUGUUCUCGCCCUGCGGCUUCUCGGCCAACGGCGUGAUUCCAGCCCCGCAUCAGACGGACGAUAGCGCCAGUAAGGCUGCGCACUACUUCACCGUCCAUGUUACGCCGGAACCACACUGCUCGUUUGCCUCGUUUGAAACGAAUGUUCCAGGCGGGCAGAAUGGACGCCAGACUUCGGAUGUCAUUGAACAUGUUGUCAACAUCUUCCGACCUGGACGCUUCAGUGUGACCCUUUUCGAAAUGAAGGGAAGAUCUGCUAGUGACGUGCUUGAUGGCGAUAUCCCGCGCGCCACCGGGCUAUCAUCUACCAAGCAGCGUCUUGAGCGCAUCAAGGGCUACCGCCGUACCGAUCGUAUUGUUCAUGAGUUUGAGGAUUACGAUCUCGUUUUCCGAUUCUUCGAGCGUGAUGGAUGGGUCGGCGAUGGAGGAGCCAGAGUCGGAGAGGACCUCUAG